UAGUUAGUGUUACGAACCGUGGGUUUCUGUGUCGAUGGUCAUGGGAUGUUGCCCCCACAGCCGCGAGGCGCAGCAGGAGCUUCGGCAGGGGAACUCCCGCUUUUCUUCGAUGCCUUUGAGAUACCGCGACUUGAAGUGGAAGUCUACGUGACAGGGUUGGAGGAGUCGAAGGAGGAGCAGGAGCAGGUGUUGUUGCUGAUCGCGGAAUAUUUGGUCGUAGGUUGUGCCUCCCCAAUGUGCGUCGGAUGUCCCUGGAAAUUGAUGCCGAUUUGUAAUAGGGUUUUCGAUACAUCGAAAGCGCGGGACAAGUAUGAGUAGGGUUUUGGCUGUGUGAGCAUUUUAGGUGAGUGUGUAAGGUAGUAGUGCUGUCGGUUAGUGCGACGUUGAGUAGUGUAGCGAUGGAGAGGCAAGGUAUGAACUCUGAGGUUGAGGCAGAAGGGAGGGUGAAAUCGCUGGGGUACAAAGUUCGUGCGGCUUCGAAAGAGUCCCAGGCGCAACGUGCUUCUCAGAUACUUGAUUCCGACCUCCGCACGCAUUGGUCCACUGGCACUAAUGCUAAAGAGUGGAUUCUUCUUGAGUUGGAGGAGAGUUGCCUAUUAUCUCACAUUCGGAUUCAUAAUAAGUCAGUUCUGGAAUGGGAAAUUUCUAUUAGUCUUCGUAAUAAGCAGCCAGAAACAUUUCUGAAAGUCCGGCCCCGAUGUGAGGCACCUCGAAGAGACAUCAGUUACAACAUAGGUCACCUGCCAUGUCGAUAUGUGCGAAUUGCCUGUUUGCGGGGCAACCCAAUCGCCAUCUUUCAUGUUCAGCUUAUGGGUAUAUCAGUUCCAGGUCUGGAACCAGAGUUACAGCCUGUUGUGGACCAUUUUCUUCCCCAAAUCAUUGCUCGAAUUAAGGAGCCUCAUGACAUACAACUGCAGCUACUUCAAGAUAUUUCUGUCCGGUUGUCUCCUUUUCUACAACAACUGGAGAGGGACCUUUCAGUUUCAACUGAAGCAAUGGAUUCAACUAUUCGUUUUCUUGCGAUGUUGGUUGGGCCAUUUUACCCGUUUUUAGCAUUGUUUAGAGACAAUGAUAAAUCAGCUAUCAAUGGAGUAGACGAGGAGACGGGCAAAAACAGCCUGGCUUCUGUCUUUACAGUUUCAUCAAACUUUCAGGCUCCACCGAAACGCAUCCGUAGUCCAGGACUGUCUACCCAAACUAGUAGCCAAUCUUUAGCAUUGCGGCCGAAUUCAGUCAUUUUGCUGCUGAAACUCGCUUACAAGGACGUCUUUCUCAGCAACGUCUGUAAGAAGGUGGCCAGACUUUUACGCAAAUUAAGUCUGUUGAACGCGGAAAUUUUACCAGCAACCGCAGAUUUGGUAGGACCGGGGAAUGAAGAGAGCCCUACAGUAAAUGAAACUCCUCCCAUGCGACCAACCGACUAUUCCAAAUUAUUUGGGGAGGAGUUUUGUGUUCCAGACGAUGAUAGUCUAGAUUUGAGCUCUGCUAGUACGUUGGAUAUAUCUGUUGUGGAGGAAGCGUUGCUUCAUUUGCUGUUUGCAUGUGCAACACAGCCUCUAAUGGUUCGACGGCUAGCGGAUGCGAAAUCUGACCUAUCACCUGUCCUUCCCCUACUACGAUCACUUCUUCCUGCUCUCCGUCCCCCAUCCAGCACUGCAGCUAAUUCGGACAUCGUGGAUGAAACAUUUUGGCAAUGGCAAGCUCCGCUUGUGCAGCGGGCUUUGAAUCAGGUGGUGGCGCUAGUGACCGCGCCCUCGUAUCGUCCACUUCUUGAUGCCUGCGCUGGAUACCUUUCUGCUUAUUCUCCAGCUCAUGAGAAAUCAGCCUGUGUGCUGAUUGAUUUAUGUGUAGGCCCACUUGCGCCGUGGCUAACUGUGAUUAUCGCCAAGGUUGAUUUGGCAAUUGAGCUCUUGGAGGACUUACUAGGCAUCAUUCAGGCAGGUCAAGAGGCUCCUGCACAAGCCCGUGCAGUUCUGUUGUAUAUAAUGCUAGCUCUUUCUGGACAUGUGGAUGAUAUUCUUAGUAAGUACAAGACUGUGAAGCACAAGCUUUUAUUUUUGAUAGAGAUGCUGGAGCCUUAUUUGAUACCGGCUAUCAUACCAGUAAAAAGCACCAUCGCUUUUGGGGAUGUAUCAGCUGUAGUCUUGGAAAAACAUGAAAAGACUUGUGCUUUGGCCCUGGAGUUGCUGCAUACUGCUUUGCAGAAACCAUCCAUCUUGCCUGCAAUGGAAGCUGAGUGGAGGCGGGGUCUCGUUGCGCCCAGUGUGCUUUUGUCAAUAUUGGCCCCACACGUAGCACUACCACCCGGCAUUGACAAUCUAAAAUGUAAUAAAGAUAAGGGUCCUUCUGUUGAAGGAAGUCCUACGGAUAGUAUGACUGUGAUAACCUUCGGUAGGACUGCUGAAGAACCCGGUGUACCUGAAGCUGUUUCGAAGGUGGAAGUCCAGCAAAAUGAAGACGCGAGCCUACUUUUUGCUCCACUAGAGCUGAAAGGAUUGGCCUUAUUAAGCCUAAGCGAUGAAAGUGUGGGAAAUUUGAUUGACGACAAGGACUUUCUGGAUAUGCUGGCCAAGUUGGAAGGAAAAUCAGGAAAGAAGCUGCUCUUUGACGUUAAAAGUGAUGAGCAUGAAUGGGAUAUUAAGAGUGAGUACUGCCAACUAGUGGAUGCCUCAGAACGUGAGCAACGGGCUUCUGACUUCAUCCGAUUUGCCUCGGAGCUACACAGCCGCCAGGAUGAUAGUACCGAAAGUCAGCAAUCAGCCAUUGAUGCUCUACUUCUCGCUGCUGAAUGCCACGUUAAUCCAUUUUUUAUGAUAUCCUCCAAAGAGUAUAACAAUUUGGUAAAUAAAUUAGAAGGCGAGUCUCUUGCAAAUUCCAAUAAGGCCGCUCCCAGGGAUCUCCUUGGAUCAGACUUGCUCUCCCGGCUAGAAGAAGAUCGAGAUAAAGCCGUCUUGAACAUACUAACGUGCGCAGCAGAAUGGGACACUCUUGGAGCAAGUGUUGGCGAAGGCUCGAACAAAGAUGAGGAUAGCUUUGCAAACAGUGAUGGAAUGUCCUGUGACAUCAGCGUUGAUGAAGAAGAUAAACAACUUGAAGAUGCAGUUACAUUGGUUCGUCAACGCCAGGGAAUGCUUUGCCGAUUUCUCGUGCGCCAGCUUCAGAGAGAUCGUCAUAACCUAUAUGAGGUUUUGUUACAAGGCCUUCUUUUUGUACUUCAUUCCGCUACUCAACUUUCAUCAACCCCAGAGGAUGUGAUCGAUGUGAUUUUAGGAUGUGCAACUCGGUUGAAUGCUUCAUUGGUGGAGUACCAUAAUCAAGGACAGAACGGAAUCCUUUCUCUUGGGCCAGGCACCUUUCAUGGUGUUCGUCGCCAAUGGGUGUUGUUACGCAAGCUUGUGCUCUUGGCAAGUGGCGGUGACGUUCCUGAAGAUAAAAGCUUGUCUCUAUCCCUUCAAAUGAGCAAGCUGCAUCAAGACUUGAUUCCUGGCUCAGCAUGGAUCUCCACCAUCUCGCAAUUCGCCUCAUCACCUUAUCCUCUGGUUCGUUACACUGGCUGGAUGGGAGUGGCACAGUAUGCUCAAUCUCAUACCGAUAAUGGUGUUCCUCUCAUUGCAGACAUUCAAGAUCUGUCCUCGCUGCUUCUGAUAUUUUCUGAUGAACUUUUUUCAAUCGAGUUCUUGAAAUACAAAGAAGCAGGUGAAAGUAACGCAGCAGUUAAAGCUUCUCUUGGUGCUGCGACGAGCAGUCCUAUUGGUAAAUUCGAUCAACCUAAAGAAACUGAUCCCGGAAAACUCGUGAAAGUUCUGUAUCCUGAACUUAGUCGUGUGUUUCCAAGCUUAAGAACCGAGUUCAGUCAGUUCGGGGACACAUUACUCCAAUCGAUAUGUGCACGUAUUGAAGUUAUCCCUCGCAAUUUUGUUCCGGACAUGCUAAGCUGGUUCUCUGAGGUUUGUUUACAGCCGUUUCCUGCUCGACAGGAGAUGAGAGGUUUUACUCUUGGGAAUGCCCGUUACAUAAUCAUGCGUCUUCUGGAGGUGAUUAUGCUAGAACAUGUGGAAGCCAUACUACCUGAGCUUUCUCGGGUGUUUCAAGUUGUAACAUCAUUAUGUUCUAGUAGUUACUGUGAUGUGACGUUGUUGGAGACGGUUCUGAACGCUCUUAAGCCUAUAAUCUCUCAUGCGAUUUCAGAUGCUUCAGAUGCUGGAGAGUCAUCCGUGGAAAUCUUAUCCUAUCAGAUCAUUAUGCAGCAGCUUAAGUUUGUAAUGGACAAGUCUAAAGAAGGAAGCGGAGCACAAGAUGCCCUUUUUCUCUUUCUUUGUGGAUUCCUUCUUUCCAGUAUAUCUUAUACAAAACGCAUCAAUGUCCUGACUGCACUUAAGUCCUGGGUCACCUCUAGAAACUUCGGUACAAGUGCCGUUGGAUUUCCGCUCGAUACUCUUUCUGCUAUACAAAAGAUACUGAAUGAGUGCCUUGCUCUACUUAAAGAGAUUGCCGGUGAGAGUAAUUUACUCUUACCGAAGAGAAAUCAUGCCCCUGAAAAACAGGGAUUACACUCUUUUGUUGAUGGUGCAAAUUCAUCGGUUACAUGUGAGGCGCUGGAUAAUCCCCUAGGAGGUGAGACCACAGAUGGUACUGUAGCUAACGAAAAAGAUUCUGAAGCUGUUAGUGGGGAUGUGGGUGCAGCGGAAGUUGCUGAGACAUUGGAUGUACCUGAAGAUCCUAAAGAACAGGACAUUUCACAAUCUAUACGUGAUAAAUCCUCCUUGGAUAAGCUGGGGUUUAGACAGAAAGUUCAAGAACUGAUACUCGCAUUGGGUCCAGGUUUAGAAAUGUCAAUGAAACUACACCCAAAAAUGACCUCCAGUGUAGCGGUAGCAGCAGCUCAAUGUUUAUAUUAUGCAGGUGUCACGCAAGAUGCUAUAAGCUAUCUGUCUACGAAAGCACUGGCCUUAUCCAUACACACCCUUCAGAACGCCCAUUGCUGGCAAGUAGCUAGUACGUGCGUGGAGUAUUUACUCUCUUUGCCAUCGUUAUGUGGUACUUACCAGGAAGUCUGCACGAUUUUUGAGGAACAAUGCACUCGUGCUCCGAGGGUUGCGUGGCGAUUGUUACCUAUUCAGUGGUUGCCUAAAGCCUUCACUGUGGAGUCAUUGGCUGGGGCAUUAGGCGCAUUGAUACAGCUCCUGAGUACGAUGUUAGAACAUCCUGAGCCAGAACAACGUGCAGGUGUUCUACAACAGAUUCAAAAAGUAAUCGACGACGAGGAAAAGAAUUUGAGUUACAGGAGUGAAACUGCAGAUGAUUUGGGAGGGAAAAGAUCUGCUAUUGCGGCUUUUGUAUCAGCUAUGUGGAUCCCUGUUGUCACAACUGCGACUUCAGAUGCCUCGGUUCGGUUAAGGAGGCAAGCUUCAGAAGUUCUGAUCAAAAUGGUACCUUAUGCGGAGAGUUCUCAGCUGCGGUCUCUGUUGGUUUCAUUUGAUAUGAUCUUCAAGUCCGGACCUCUCACCCAUACGGGUCUAUCGCUGCUGGCACGUGUUUGUCUUUACUCCAAAACUCCCGAUUAUGAGAUCAUACCAUCUCGAGUCUGGAAUAGUAUUGAAGCUUUGGCGCUAUCAAAAUCUGGAGGUAAGUUUUUGGAUAAAGAGAGAGAAAUUUGUCAGGCUCUUGUUCAGUUGCGGAAUGAAGAAGAAAAUGCCAAAGAGCAUACGCUUAAGGUGCUAACAGGCUCUCAGGAGAUUGCUCAGCCGUAUUCAUUUUCUAGUCCGUUGCGUGAGGCCGUUGUGGAAGUACUGGCUAGAUUGAGUGUGCUACGUUCGAAGGCUGAAAUUUCUACUUCUGCAGCUGUACAAGAAGCUGUGGAGCUGGAGGAAGCAGAAAUCGAACUUGAGCUUUUAAGAGAAGAAUGUGCAGCUAGAGGUGGGGACGGUGGAGCGCUAACUAACACCUUGGACUUGACUUAUGGGAAAGGUUUCUCUUCUGAGAGCGCCAAGGAUCGUCUGAAGCAGAUACGAGCUCAAAUUAUUGCAGAAGAAUAUUCAGCUGCAAAAGCUGAAGUAGCUGCUCGGCGUGAAAAGCAGCGCAUUGCUCGCAGUAAUCGGCAGAAGGCCUUGGAAGAAGCAACUCUGCGUGAAAUGUCUCUUCUUCAAGAGCUUGAGAAGGAAAGAGCAGCAGAAGCAGAAAGAGAUAUUGAAAGGCAGCGGAUGUUGGAGAAAGAGCGUGCUAAAACUCGAGAGUUGAGGCUUAGCUUAGACAUCGAAGCAGAACGGCGUUCCCAGAAGGACUAUCAAAGAGAACUGGAGCUAAGAGACACAGGUGUUGUGCGGACAUCAUCCCGCAGGGAAUUUGCAAGUAACACUACACCAAUCAGUCGCCCGCGGGAGAGGUACCGAGAACGAGAAAGGGAGACUCAACGGUCAGGACAGGAGGGCGCUGCUCGGGCAAGCAGUGACUCAGGCGCGCGUGAAAAUGCUACGACGCCUCCUGCAACUCCAACUGCAGCAACCACCAAUGUGUCGUCUGCAUCUGCAUCGACAACAACAGCAAGUGCCAAUACCUCAUCUUCUCGUGUCUAUGGAGGACCCUCGUCAGGUCUAGGUCGAGAAAAUGCGCGUGACCGGGAGCGGGAACGGGAACGAGAUCGAGAUCGUGACCGAAGUGAUGAGAGAGGAGGGUUUGAAGACCUCGGAGAAGGCAAUGGGGUAUCUCGGGAAACAGGUGACGGGGCUGCUUUGAAUGACGAUGGAGUUUCAGGUGUUGAAGGAAGCACUGCUGGGACAGUCGGCAGCAGCCACAGGCAAGGGCCAAGGUCUGCUCGACCUAGGCAAAUUGUGGAGCGGCGAGAGAGAGAUGGAAGACGUGAGGGCAAAUGGGAGAGGAAGCAAACUUAAUUUCUUUUUUUUCUCUUUCUCGCUUCUCUGAAUAGCUCGAUUGCCAUUUCUGAGAUCAACGAGUCGCAUGACAUGGUCGAGGAUCAGAGAUUUUCUCCCUUGGUAUCUCACGUGCUACCAAUUGCGAAGUCUAAUGCUGUUGAGCCCAUAUAAGUUUGAAGCGAUAGCUUUCUCAUUUGAUGGGACGUCGAAAGCUUUGUUGAAGGUUUAAGCCCACGAUAGGUCAUGUUGUAGAUUGUACCAGUUGAGGCAAUUUCCUCACACAACUGGUCCUAAGUAAGGUUUUAAGCUCAUCAUCUGGGCAUUCUUUGUACAGGCUAUUUGCAUUCAAUGUCGGUUAACGCUUUUUUAGUUUUACCAAUAA